UGUCCGCGCCAGCAGUGGACCACGACGUUCACACUGUCGUAGCCCUCCUUCACUACCGGCGACAGCCAGCCCUGCUUAUCGUUUAACAGUCUUUUACUAAGAAGCGGCGAACGUCAUCGAAGACGAUGGGUAGUAUAUAAUGACACUUACGCACUGCGACUGCUCCCACGAAGGAGUGCCCUCUUGCAUCAUUCGCGAUGGUCGAAUUCAAAGGAUACGCCCUUACCAAGGAAGACCGUUCUGCCUGGAGCUCGCUCGAAGUGGUCACCUUUGAGCCGAAGAAAUUCGAGGAAACCGAUGUCGAGAUCGCCAUCACCCACUGCGGCCUCUGCGGCUCCGACGUGCACAUCCUGCGUCAAGGAUGGGGCAGCGUAACGUAUACGCCGCUCAUCGCCGGACACGAGAUUGUCGGCAAGGUGACGCGAGUCGGGGCGAAGGUGUCUGAGUUCAAGGCAGGCGAUCGCGUCGGCGUGGGCGCGAAAGUCGCCAGCUGCGGGACCUGCAAUAGGUGUACGCACGACAACGAGCAGUACUGCCCUUCCUCGCUCGACACGAUUAACAACCGUUAUCCGGAUGGAACACCCGCGCAGGGUGGUUUCGCCACUGCCAUUCGCGCGAAUGAGCGGUUCGUGUAUGCCAUCCCCGACGGGAUCGACUCCAAAGACGCCGCGUCGAUGCUCUGCGCCGGCGUGACGGUAUACUCGCCGCUGCGCAGAAACAACAUCGGUGCCGGCAAGAAAGUCGGCGUGAUUGGUAUCGGGGGCCUCGGCCACUACGCCAUCUUGUUCGCGAAAGCGCUGGGUGCGCAGGUGUAUGCGUUCACACAUAGCCCGAGCAAGAAGGAGGACGCGAAGAAGCUCGGCGCUGACGUCGUGGUCGACACCGGAGCCAAGGAUUACCAAAAGCCGUACUACGACACGCUCGACCUGAUCAUCUCCACGACGAACGUCUUCAGCCCGGGCACGUCCUUCUCGACGUACACGAGCAUGCUCAGUGUGCACGGCAAGUUCGUGAACGUCGGCCUGCCGGACAUCGAUACAGAGAUGCCGUCGCUCCACGCGUUCGACAUGCUCACGAGCGGCGCGUUCAUCGGCGGCUCGCUCAUCGGCAGCAAGGGCGACGUGUACGAGAUGCUCAAGGUCGCCGCGGAGAAGGGCAUCAAGCCGUGGGUGCAGGAGCUCCCGAUGCGCGACCUGAAGACCGCGCUCGAGGGCGUGCAUAAUGGAGACGUGCGGUAUCGGUAUGUGCUGAAGCAGGAUAUUGUGCCAGUCCCGUACUAGGCACUCGUUGACGUGCAACUACAAAUGUAUCAUUAGACUCAGAGCAAACUCGGAGUGAGUUAUACUAUUAGCACUGGUGCUGUCUGAGCACCCUGACA